CGGAUGGGGGUUUGGGUUGGGUGAAAGGGGAAAGUUCAGAGGUGAUGAUUUUGUUGUCUUUGUGUAAAGGAGUGGAGCUCGAUCUCACAUCACUCUUCCCUCUUCCCCGAGUCCUCUCUAAACUCUCCCCCGGGUUUCUACCCUCCCGAACCUCUCCCCUUCUACCCUUACAACCCCAACCCUCCCCCCGGUCACUACCAGCGCAGGAGUCAGAUCCAUCUCGGUGACCAAAGACCCCAGUUCUAUACGGACGGCUAGGUUGCAGUUGCAGUUAUGGACUCCGGUGUGAUUGAAGGAGGGCUCAAUGUCACCCUUACCAUUAGGCUGCUCAUGCAUGGCAAGGAAGUUGGAAGUAUUAUCGGAAAGAAAGGUGAAUCUGUGAAGAAGAUGAGAGAAGAGAGUGGGGCUCGCAUCAACAUCUCUGAGGGCAAUUGUCCUGAGAGGAUCAUUACAUUGGCAGGUCCAACCACCGCCAUCUUUAAAGCAUUCUCCAUGAUCAUUGAAAAGCUGGAAGAGGACAUAAGCAGCUCAAUGACAAACAGCACAGCUACCAGCAAGCCCCCAGUGACCCUACGCAUUGUGGUGCCUGCCAGCCAGUGUGGCUCCCUCAUCGGGAAAGGUGGCUGCAAAAUCAAGGAAAUUCGGGAGUCAACCGGUGCUCAGGUACAAGUGGCUGGAGACAUGCUCCCCAACUCCACGGAGCGUGCCAUCACCAUCGCAGGCACUCCCCAGUCGAUAAUUGAGUGCGUGAAGCAGAUCUGUGUGGUCAUGCUUGAGUCUCCCCCUAAGGGGGUCACUAUCCCCUACCGACCCAAGCCUUCAGGAUCGCCCGUCAUCUUUGCAGGCGGACAGGCAUAUGCCGUACAAGGACAGCACGCGAUUCCACAGCCAGAUUCUUCCUCUGCUGCUAUCUCUCCACAGCUCACCAAGCUUCACCAGCUGGCCAUGCAGCAGAGCCCUUUCCCCAUCGCACCAAGCAACCAGGGAUUCACUGGAAUAGAUGCUUCUGCUCAAACCAGUUCCCAUGAGAUGACCAUUCCAAAUGAUCUUAUUGGGUGCAUCAUCGGCCGCCAGGGAGCCAAGAUCAAUGAGAUCAGGCAAAUGUCGGGUGCCCAGAUCAAGAUUGCGAAUCCAGUGGACGGAUCGACUGACCGCCAGGUCACCAUCACAGGCUCGCCUGCCAGCAUCAGUCUGGCAGAGUACCUCAUCAACGCCAGGCUUUCCUCUGAGGCCACAGGACUGGCAGCCAACUGAUAAGACACUGCAUCUGCACUAAAUCUCACUUUUAUAUCAUCGGCUACCAUAAAGCAGUCAAUGCAACUAUCCGACUUAAGAGUUUAUAUAUUAUACUGCCUCUUCCUCAUUUGAAGGUCAACCGCCACUGAUUUGAUCCGCUGAGUUCAUUAUUUAUUUUCUUUGUUUUGGUUUUAGUAAAAAGAAGCAAACAAUUAGGUUUUUAAUUCCCUUUUUGAGUCGAGUUGGAGGUUUUAAUGAUUUGUUAUUAGACUUCUUUUUUUCUUUUUUUUUCUCCUUUUUUUUGUGUUUUUUUUUUUUUCUUGGAUGGAUCCCACGCCUUCUUCCCUUUUUCUUUCUUUGCCAUCACAGAGGAGUAGAGUUGGAAAACUCUGAAUAGGCAUAUAGAUUUAGUUCUAUACAGUCAGUUUUUUUCUUUAAAAAGGAAAAGACAAAAAAGGAAAAAUAAACAAAAAGUAUCAAAAAUAAGAAUAGAGUGACUGUUUUAUUCUGUGUUUAUAUACGCCCCCCUGCCUUUUUCUCAUCCAGUUCCACAAGUCGGUCUGUUCACUUCAUGUCCACACUCACUCGCUUUAAAUAUACACAGCGGUCUCCCCCUUUGUCACCUUUUCAAUUGAAGUGCUUGUAACAUGGAUUAUGCUCGUGUCACUGAUGAGAAUGCGUAGCUGUACAUGCACUGUCACUGAUUAUAUUUGGUUAUGACGACAAAUGUUUUAACACUCACAGUUGAAUUUAUCCAGAUAAUUUAAAAUGUGUAUUACUACGCAUGUCAGUUUCCCCCCCACCCCCACUCCUCCCCUCUACAUGUCAUUCCUGUUUUCCCCCUCUCCUGGUCCUGAGAUCAUGUGUUGAUAUUUUGCUGGGAUGGGGGGUUUUUCGGGGUUUGGGCUUGGCUCAAGGGAUCGGAAGCAGAGGGUUCUCCUCGCUUUUUUUGUAAAGACUGAUAUAUACUAUAAAAAAAAAAAAAAAAAAUGUUGGAAUAUUUGUUUUAAAUGGAGGAAAUAUUUUUUUUUAACUACCAAAGGGGGAUUAACUCCUGGACACUGACUGAUCUGUCUAUUAAACGUGAUGAGGCUGAGAACUGAAAUCAUUGAAGCUCUGGAACUAGACAAAGAAAGGGUUGUGAUUUAACACUAGUUUCCUGCUCUUUGCUUUGCUCAAGUCAGAAUUUAUUUUAUUUUUUAUUUGCAGGAAAGAAAACUUUUGUGCACGUUUUUGAGACUGUAGACCUGGGUGCCACAACAUUGUUAAAAAAAUACAGAAAUAAAGAUGUGAAAUGCUCAAACCA